UGAAUGUACUGAUAUGAAAUUCCAUGAUUGCUCAUCCAACGCUCGUUGUUUCAAUUUGAAGGGAACCUAUACAUGUAGCUGUCGAGAAGGAUACUCUGAUCUUUCAGAAAAUAAUAUUUUUCCUGGUCGUAAAUGCUCGCCCGAAAUAAUUGGUUGCAACAAAUGUCACUAUAAUGGAAUAUGUGUCAACUCAACAGUAACAACUUCAGCGGGAGAGCUACUUAAAAAUCAACACUGGAUACCAGAUAGUAUGGCUUGCGAGUGUUUUAUUUGGUAUGCGGGUACUACAUGCCAACUUAAUUUGAAAAUUGUACUUAUAAGUCUUAGUGCUAUUGGUGCUGUGCUUUUUGUACUCUUUCUAUUCUGCGUUUUGCAUGUUGCAUGCUCCAAGCAUGCACGUGCUAAAACUAUGUUCAGGUGUAUUAGUCAAGGCUGUGGAAUAGCUCAAACGGCAGGUGGUCCACGCUUAUUCAGUGGCUCUUACAUGCACGAUGGGAGCAGUUUCAGUGGAAAUUGUGCAAUAAUUAAAGACACUAGUAGCGAGAGAAGUCAUUGCUCUUUGCCUUAUGUUUUGCGAAGUGAUUCAACACAUGUUGAAAAAUAUUCCAACAAACCAAAGAAAUUUACUGUUAAAUAUAAACAACACGACCCACCCAUUCCUUAUGAGAUCCUUACCUCUAAUUCGCUUGAUAGAACGCCAGAAUUUAUCAGUAACGGCCAAUCAAUAUCAAAUAUGGAGGAAUGUUUUUCAGAUCAAACUGAUCGAUCAUUAACAGUCAUGAUUCCGCGUGCAAAAUAUUAUUCCUCAACAAAACCGCAAGGCCAGUUUUUAUUCCAUCAACCAAAUAUAAGAAAAAAUGAUAUGAAAAUUAAUAUCUCAAAACUUUCGAAUGGACAAAAGUUUUCAAGCGAAAAAAAAAUGAAAUUGAGUACUGGAUCUUCAAAAAACAACUUCAUUGCAGCUGAUAAUCACGGAGCUCUAGUCUCCGCGGGUUUUGAAGUAUCUGCGGUUGUCGGUCAUAAUUUGAACAACUCUAGUUCUGAUAAAAAUGACGGAAUGGAUGAUAUUUCUAAUGCACAAAUGUACUUCAAUGCUGAACAUCAAAAUUAUUUUUCUAAACAAUCAGAGUCCACAGAAGUAAGGUCUUUUAAUGAAACUAUAGUGCAGGGAUAUAACAGAUUAAUACAUAAUUUUGAAAAUGAAACACUUGAUGAGGCGAAUACCAUGGCUGAGCGAGACGUUGGAUCAACAUUUCUAUUACCCCAUACUCACCUUUACAAGUUAGAUAUUCAAGAAAGUGAAAUAUCUGGUCACGAAUCAUUUUAGGGACGAUGUGGGGUACUGGAUGAUGUGACGCCUUAGAAGUUACAAUUGAAUUAAAACUAAAAUCUUUCAUCAAAAGAGUGACAAUCAUAACGUUUCUCAAAAUUUUCAUCGAUGCAAAAAUGAUGCACUAAAAUAUAAUGCUUAAAUCUCACAUUAUUCUUAUAAUUAAGAGAUUUGAUCUGCAAAUAUUAUUUAUAAAUUCAUCUCCGCCCAAGGAUUUUUUUUGGAAUUUUUGGUCAAAAUGUUUCAUAUUUAAAGCUUUAUUAGUAAGAGGGUGGGGAGUGUAGAGUGAAGUCACAAAUAUUUUUGUAAAGCUUAAGCUUCAUACAUUCAAAGUAAUAACAUAUAUAAAUUCUAUAGUCUUUCUAAUAUAAACAAAAACUCUAUGAAAAGGGGUAAAAUUUGCUGUUCGAUUAAUCGAACUUUGGGCGGAUAUGGGUUAAUUAAAGCUUAUUUUUA